AUGCAGUUUUUUAUAAUUUCGUCAAAAACCGUUGGAGUUAUUGAAGGUGAUAUUCUUGAGAUACAACGAAUAAAGAACGUUCGAAUUUUAUUACAAAUACCAGAUGUAUUUUCAUUUUUUCAACUAAAUAAUAAAUAUAUACUCAAGCUAAAAGAACACGCUUGUUUUAUUGAUGGCGAUUCAAGCUAUGUUGUACGACCAAGAAUUCGAUCUAAUAUUGAACAAUUUAUUGAGUUAUUAAAAAAUCACUACAAACCAAUAACAGAACCUAAUCAUGCUCAAGGAGAGAAUAGCUGAGUUUUACCAUCUUCUUCUCUUGAUACUCAUCUAUUUAGUAGUCAACCAUGCGAGAGUACAUUUCGUAGUGCUCGUGCUCUAUCUGGUACUUUCUCUUCAAUAAAAAAGUUCUCAGUAUCUCAAUUUCUAAAUAAAAUCGAAAAAAUUUCAAUACUAAAUCAUUUUAAAUCAACAGAAGGAGAUGAUGUUGAAUGUCCAUUAAAAUUUCCAAUUCAUCAUAAGAACAAACACAAGGAGAAAAUAUCAUCUACAAUUAGUUUAAGUUCAGCACCAGCAACAAUAAAUGAUAUAGAAAAAAUUAUCAUUAAAGCUUAUCAUGAAGCAGAAAAAAUCAUAAAUUCCUUACACUUAUUACAAAUUCUAGAAGAAAAUGAUCUCGGUGAUAUUCAAAAAUUAAAUUCAUUUGUUUUCGACCAACUUGAUUAA